CUGAGAGUGGCAGGCGGGGAGGACACGGGUUUUGUGAUGAUCACUGAUGACUGGUUGUCUGUUAAGGCGCACGUAGGAACAAGUCUUGCCCAGGGCGCCAACGGGGAAGAGCCACCGUGGCCCUUGCCCCUAGAGCUCGCCGGUGGCCGGGGCGGCACUGAGACCCGGGCCACCGCGGGGGAGCCGCGCUCUGCGCUCGGGGGCGGGUCCCGGCGGCCGCUCCCUCCGCCCCCGGAGUCGUCGCCACCGCCUGGCUGCGCUCCAGCCCACGGCUCAGACACGGCAGCGUCCCCGGGGGCCGUAGAGGUGGCAGGAGCUAGAGCCCGCGUCGCAGCUCUCGGCCACCGAGAAGCCGGGCUAGCCGAGCGCCAAGGGACCAGACACGGCGGGCGGCUCUGCACGCGGCUGGGGUCAUGGUGUACUGAAAAGGCACUCCAUCAAGAGAAAUCUGGGGGAAGCUGGAAACCAUCAAGUUAUUGAGGCCACACAGGGAGCAGAAAGGAUCGAAGUGUUGCUAUGAGGACAGAUUCACCAAAAAUGACUGAUGUGGAGGCUGUGGUCAACAAUUUUGCAUCUUCAGCAAGGGCAGGCCGCCGGAAUGCUGUACCAGACAUUCAGGGCUCAGCUGCGACUGGAGGAACCUCAGAGUUGCCCCUCAAAUUGGAGGACCUCUCCGUGAAGGAAGAUGUGAAAAAGAAAGAUGAAGAAACAGCACAAGGCCAAUCGGAAAAGCCCCAGAAUGAAGGAAAAUGAAGGCUCAUAACCUAUCAAACGUGCUGUAUUGCCGCACAAUGAAAGACUUAGUAGCUCUGCUUUCCCGAGAUGUUCAGUCUGGUAGUAACUAUGGUAACACUGCAUCCCUAAGCGACAUGUGUGAACUAAAUAAUUUCCUUAUGAUGCUACUCAUUGAAAUGUAACCAUGAUGUCCAAUUUGGGUUAUUAAAAGGCAGAAUACUUCCAAAGUGCUUCCAGGAAAAAGGUUAAGAACGUAUGGUUAUUUAAAUACAUGUGUUGUCUAUAAGCCCUCAAAAAUCCACUGUUCCCUUUUGGACAUGCUCAGCCAGAUGUAUUUUCAAUGCAUUUUUAUGGUAAUGGAUAAACCAUUUCUUGGUUAAUAUAAAACAAACACCAUUAAUUUAAAACUUGAUGGAAUUUGUAGGAAAUGAUGUUUCUUGGUGAAAAGUCAAAAAUGCAUCAUGCCCCCCCCAAAAAACCUUAAAAAGAUUUGGAAAUAUUGUAGAAGUUUGACAACCUAAACAUCUCUAGGAUGAUUUGUCCGAUGUGUUUUGCUUCUAGUCUAUGCAUACUGUGACUUUUUUCCUGUGGACUCUUAAAAUGCAAAAUUUGUGACAAAUUGUUUAUAUGGAACAUAUCUAUUAUUAAAUGAAUUUCACUAUCUUCUUUAACUUUGAUGUGGGUGUAUGUUUUUCUUUAAUGAGAAUUAAACACUUUACUGUUGCUUUAUACCGUCUUUUCUUAUUCUUAGGGCUUUUAUGUAUUAUGACUUGUUUCUAAAAUAAUUUCCUCAGGAGUGUAGACCUUAAUUUUAUAUCUUUCCUGAAGUAAGCUAACAUAACAGUAGGCGCUUAAAUAUAUAGUGAAUGAUGUAGGUAGAAACAGCAAAACACUUGUAUUUUUUAAUAUGUAUUUAAGUUUCUAUUUUAAAAUGAACAAGAACUAAACCAAAGCUCUAGUAAAUUUUGAUUUAUUAGACAUUUAAAGAAAAUAAUGGAAUUCUGAAUUUUUUAAAUAAUUAAACUAAUGAAUUUAUGUUCAUUAUCAGAUACAUAUGCAUGCAGUUGCAUUUUAUUUGAUUGUCAACUUAGGCCAUGUCUGUAUACAGUAAUCAAAUAAACUUCACUGUUAAAGAAA